AAGGAAGCAGAGAAACCAAAAGAAAGGAAAAAUGGGUUUCAGUUUUACAGCAUUUCUGCUUUCUCUCCUCGUUCUCUUCACGACCCUCCGGUGUCUUCAGGGGAACUCCGACCUCAGAGCUCUCCUCGACAUGAAAGCUGCGUUAGACCCAAAAAACGAGCACCUUUCUUCAUGGACCGUCAAUGGCGAUCCAUGUGAUGGAACGUUUGAAGGUGUGGGUUGCAAUGACAAGGGUCAAGUGGCCAACAUUUCUUUGCAGGGGAAGAGGCUCUCCGGCAAGCUGUCGCCGGCAGUUGCUGGUCUUAAGAGCUUGUCAGGGCUUUACUUGCAUUACAACUCCUUGUACGGGGAGAUACCAAGGGAGAUUGCGAACUUGACUAAGCUCAGUGAUUUGUAUUUGAAUAUGAACAAUCUCUCUGGGGAAAUUCCUCCUGAGAUUGGUAACAUGGACAGCUUGCAAGUGUUGCAGCUUUGCUAUAAUCAGUUCACUGGAAGCAUACCCACACAGUUGGGGUUCCUGAAGAAGCUCACUGUUCUUGCUCUCCAAUCCAAUCAACUCACUGGUGCAAUCCCAGCAAGUUUGGGGGAUUUGGGUAGGGUAAUGAGGCUUGAUUUGAGCUUCAAUAGCCUUUUUGGCUCAAUUCCGACCAAACUAGCAGAUGCUCCUGCACUUGAAGUUUUAGAUGUCCGUAACAAUUCUCUCUCCGGAAAUGUUCCUCUUGCACUUAAUAGACUAAAUGAAGGGUUUCUGUUCGAAAACAAUCCGAAUCUAUGUGGUUCCGGGUUUUCAUCCCUAAGACCAUGCAAUGUUUCAGAUCAUGUCAAUCCUAGGCCUGAACCCUAUGGAACAGGAGCAACUGGCCUUCCCUCAAAAGAAAUACCGGAGACAGCAAAUAUACCGUUGCCUUGUAAUCAAACUGGAUGCUCGAAAUCAUCAAAAUCUCGACAAGCUUCUGUUGUCGUCGGCAUGAUUGUCUUAGCUGUUGCACUUUCAGCAAUAGGAACCCUGGCAUUCACACAAUACCGGCGCAGAAAACAAAAGCUUGCAAGCUCAUUUGAAACUUCUGAUAGCCGACUUAGUGUCGACCAAGCCAAGGUGCCAUAUAGAAAGUAUGGCUCUCCACUCAUUAGCCUUGAGUAUGGUAAUGGGUGGGAUCCUUUGGCUGAUGGCAGGACUUUUAGUGGGGUUGCCCAAGAUGUCUUCCAUAGCUUCAGGUUCAAUUUGGAAGAGGUGGAGACGGCUACUCAGUACUUUUAUGAGUUAAAUUUAUUGGGUAAGAGUAAUUAUUCUGCAACCUAUAAAGGGAUUCUGAGAGAUGGGUCUGCGGUUGCUAUUAAGUGUAUUGGUAAGGCUAGCUGUAAAUCAGAGGAAUCUGAAUUCUUGAAGGGACUGAAUAUCUUGGCUUCAUUGAGUCAUGAAAAUUUAGUGAGGUUGAGAGGAUUUUGUUGUUCCAGGGCUCGGGGUGAGUGUUUUCUCAUUUAUGACUUUGUCCCCAACGGAAAUUUGCUGAGCUAUCUCGAUGUGAAGGGUGUUGAUGGCCAUGUCCUUGAAUGGUCCACAAGAGUUUCCAUCAUCAAGGGAAUUGCAAAAGGUAUUGCAUAUUUGCACGCAUACAAAGUAAACAAACCUGCUCUGGUUCAUCAAAACCUUUCAGCCGAAAAAGUGCUCAUUGAUCAGCGACUCAACCCAUUGCUUUCUGGUUCUAGUCUGCACAACCUUCUUACCAAUGACAUUGUUUUCUCGGCACUCAAGGCUAGUGCUGCCAUGGGCUACCUGGCACCCGAGUAUGCCAGCACAGGCCGGUUCACUGAGAAGAGUGAUGUUUAUGCAUUUGGAGUUCUUGUUUUCCAAAUCCUCUCAGGGAAGCGAAAUGUCACUAGUUUGGUACGUCUUGGACCUGAUUCAUGCAAAUUCCAAGAUUUUAUUGAUUCCAACCUUUGCGGCAAGUUCUUUGAAUAUGAAGCAGCUAAACUUGCACAAAUUGCCUUCCUUUGCACUCAUGAGUCUCCCAUCGAAAGACCAUCCAUGCAAGCAGUCGUGCAGGAGCUUGGCAACUGUAGUAGUUGCCUCUAGUCACACUUCAAUCCUUGCCAGAGCAAAAUUUCAAGUGGGUGAACGUAAGUUGGAGAUGAGUGUAUCACCAAACACUCGCCGAUUCCGAAGGGCUAGGGGUUUUGAUGUUUUGUGCUUAUGUCCUCUUGCUGAGGAGUGAGGACUUACCGUAGUGGCCUUGUCAAUGUUGUGCCUUGUGUUAAUAAAUUCAUCUACAAUCAACUCAGCCCUUUGGGAAAUUUGUAAAAAGGUGUAUUUAAGACCAUUAGUUCAGCAGAACGGUUGUAAUUUGUAACUCAAAUUCAUUUCAUCUCCAAUGCCUUUUUUUUAAGUACAUGAAUUAUACAACAAGAAUAAUCAUCCCUUUUCCUU